AUGUCAGACUCCUUUGUUCGUGUUUCAAGAUAUGUUGGAUGGGGAGCCCGCAGGUCGUUGCAGCACAGUGCCCCGAGGGACACACCUUCGGCGCGCGGGUACCGGCCGUGUCGAUGAAGGCAAUUGGAGGCACCUAGGGCCCCCGGGCUUUGGUCACAGACGCGGCCGACAACAGUCCACACCCCGAGCCGAGCGGAGGACCAGCAAGAGUCGUUCCGCAUACGGCCUGGGCGCAUCGCUGGCCCUCAUCUGCUUCCCUCCCGGCAAUUUCACGCACUCUUUGACUCUCUUUUCAAAGUCUCUUUCAUCUUUCCCUCGGGGUACUUGUUCGCUGUCUGUCUCUCGCCUGUAUUUAGCCUUGGAGGGAGCCAACCGCCCGAUUUGGGCUGCAUUGCCAAACAACCUGACUCGUUGACGGUGCCUCGUGGGGCGACAUGGUCCAGGCCGGACGAGCCUCUCACCCUCCCAGGCGUCCCUUUCCAGGGGACUUGGGUCCGGUCUGUCGCUGAGGACACCUCUCCGGACUACAAUUUGGACGACACAACCGCCCGAUUCUCAAGCUGGGCUGUUCCCGGUUCGCUCACCAUUACUAGGGGAAUCCUUGUCAGUUUCUUCUCCUUCAGUUAUUUAUAUGAUUAA